AAGCCGGCGCACGCGAGUUUUGAUUAAAAUGCAUUACUACGUUUGCCUGCAUCAAGAAGGCAUUAACAGCAUACCUAAAUUAAUACAAAAAGCUCAUGCAAAUAAUUAUAAUGUGGUUGUCAUACCGGUUAACGCAAAUAUGCUGCCCAUGGAUCCACAAGAAACGGAUCCCACAUAUCCGGCCACUGUAUUGAGUGCUGUCGAAUGGAGCUCCAAGGUGAUAUUCCAGGUAUCCGAUGUGGAUGUGGACUCGCCCAACGCAAAGUUACGUGAAUAUUCGAAAGCUAUGCUGAUGCGCGAUGUCACCUGGGCAGAGCACUUGCAAAUUAAUGGGAGCAUAAUGGUGCGUCUUCGAGGACCCGAGAAUAACAAUUUGGCGGAGAUUAUUAAGUCAAGAACGAAAGGCAACUGGUUUAUAAAUGUGCCCAUUACUAAUCCUGAAUUGGCCAGCUUUGAGCAUCGAAAAGAUGCCACAGAAUCAGAGAUCGAAGAGGCUCAACAGGUGGAUCCAUGGAGUUGGUGGAACGAGCUACGUUUUGCGACUAAGCACAAUGCCAGGGCGAAAGUUGUGGUGGAGCUGAGCGACUCGGAUCGGCCCAGUCGUGAGUGCGUACGCCGUUGGCUGGGUGAGCCCAUUGAAGCCAUCAUUAUUCCAUCCAGUUUAUUUGUGCUUAAUCGCUCCAAUUAUUAUGUGCUCCAGAAGGAGUGGCAAACGAUUGUGGGUCACUUUAUUUCUGUGAGAGCCAACAUUAUUAUCUCCGCGAAAACCAAUGAUAAAGCGAUAAGUCAAUAUGCAGAAUAUGCUAAGAAACUCAUCAGCGAUCAUGGAGAUACGCACACCCUCAACAGCUAUGAAAACAUGUUGGAAAUACCGCUACAGCCGCUGUUCGACAACCUGGAUGGCGACACCUAUGAAAUAUUCGAAACCGAUCCAGUCAAGUAUAAGCUUUACCAGGAAGCCGUACAGCAAGUGCUUUUAGAUCGCGUUAGCGAAGCGGAGGCUAAACGUAAAUUGACCGUCGUUAUGGUUCUGGGAGGUGGUCGUGGUCCUUUAGCACGUGCAGUAUUAAAUGCUGCAGAGAUAACGAAACGGAAAGUGCGCGUCUAUAUUAUAGAAAAGAAUCCUAAUGCCAUACGCACACUGUCCAACGUGGUGAAGACGUUGUGGUCAAAGAAGGACGUUCAUAUAUUCUCCAAGGAUAUGCGUGAUUUUUCGCCUCCUGAAUUGGCCGACGUGCUUGUUUCUGAGCUGCUGGGUUCAUUUGGUGAUAACGAGCUCUCACCCGAGUGCCUGGAUGGCGCCUUGAAGCUACUCAAGCCGGAUGGCGUGAGCAUACCCUGUAAAUCAACAUCGUAUAUUAAUCCCAUUAUGUCUGCUGUGCUGCAUAAUAAUGUUAGCCAACUGACCUUGACUGUGCAGGCCUUCCACUACGGCUAUGUGGUGCUGCUCAAGAACAUUUACCACAUUGAUGAGCCGCAAGCAUUGUUCGAAUUCACGCAUCCCAAUCGAGCUGCGGUCAUUGAUAAUACGCGUCACAAAAAGGUGUCCUUCACUGCUCAAAUGGAUUGUGUGCUGCAUGGCAUUGGCGGCUACUUUGAUACUGUAUUGUAUAAAGAUAUAAUCCUAAGCAUAAAUCCAUUAACGCAUACGCAAGGCAUGUUCUCCUGGUUUCCCAUGUUCUUUCCAACGCAUCCGCUUACUAUUAAGGCAGGCGACACAAUAUCCAUCAAGUUCUGGCGCCGCGUGGACGCCGAGAAGGUCUGGUACGAAUGGCAGGUUUGCGAACCCAAAGAAAGCGAGCUACACAAUCCGGAUGGCGUGGGCUAUAAUAUGCGUUUAUAAACUUAACUGCAAUAUUGUAUUAAGUGGGCACUUAUACAAAACGGGGGUUAGCUUUG